CCUUUUCUGCGACAAAUAAAAGCGCGGGGAGGUGCAGUGGGUGGUCCUCGUUAGAGGCACCCCUCCUCACCACCACCAGCGCCGCGGGUUUGAGUUUGUGAACGCACCUGCCUGCUGCUGCGGGCGACGCGAACCGGACUUGACCGCCGCGGGGAAACUACGGGACUGCGUCGGAGAGGCUGGGCAGAGUGCAGCGAGGGAACAGGUCGUCUGCAGCUGCUUGGACUCUGAAAGGCUUUUUUUUUUUUUUUUUUAAUUAUUAUUGCGGAGGAUGGGGGGAGCGCACGGCGGCGUUUAGAGUUACAGAGGAGAGGAGAGUUGUGGGGGCUUCAGUCGCACUUUGAGGAGAACAACUUCAACUGGACUGAACGCUUUUUCCAGGAGCAGCAGGGCUGAAGGUCUGAGGAGAUGUGAGACGGACUGUGGCUAACAUGGAUUUACUCAAAGGGAGGAACAUCAUGAAACACCGCUGGAGAUGCUCUCAGAAGAACAGUGAAACCUCUGGAAAGGACAAAGCGAGAAUUCUACACACCUGCAAUUGGAUUUGAGCGUAUUCUGACCUGAGACAAUUAAAAUGGAACUGCUAUGGAAUCUUAUAGUGUUGCUGUCAUUGGUGGAGGGUCGGUCAGGAAGUACAGUACUGCUGAAGCCCGUAUUCACCAAACAACCAGGGAGUGUGGUUUUUCCUAUUCAACCAGGAGAGAUUCAGAGGGAGGUGGUCUUUAGCUGUGAAGCCCAAGGACACCCAUCUCCCUUCUACAGGUGGAAGCUAAAUGACUCCUUCAUCCUGUCCAGUCCUGGGUCACGUUACUCCCUCAUGGGUGGAAACUUACACAUCAGCCACUUGAACAAAGAUGAGGAUGUUGGCAUCUAUCAGUGCCUGGCAUCAAACUCUUUUGGCACGAUUGUCAGCAGAGAGGCCAGUCUCCAUGUUGCAUACUUGGAGAAUUUCAAGACCCAAAGAAGAAGUCCCGUGAGGGUUCGUGAAGGUCAAGGAGUGGUCCUACUGUGUGGUCCACCCCCUCACUCUGGAGAACUUACCUUCACAUGGAUCUUCAACGAGUACCCGUCGUUUGUCAUCCAGGACACACGUCGGUUUGUGUCCCAGAAGACAGGUAACCUUUACAUCGCAAAGGUGGAACCCUCUGAUGUGGGGAACUACACGUGUGUAGUCACCAACACCGUCACCAAAAGCAGUGUUCAAGGACCGUUGACGCCUUUGGUCCUGCGGGUUGACGGUGUUAUGGGCGAAUAUGAGCCAAAGAUCGAAGUGCAGUUUCCUGAAGUUGUUCCUGUUGCUAAGAGCUCAACAGUCAAACUGGAAUGUUUUGCACUUGGAAACCCAGUGCCAACCAUCAGCUGGAGGAGAGUGGAUGGGGUCUCAUUUAGCAGGAAGGUGGACAUAAAUAAAGCCAGUGGUGUUUUAGAGAUCCCUUAUUUCCAACAGGAGGAUGCAGGGGUGUAUGAAUGUGUGGCUGAAAACAGCAGGGGAAGAAACUCAGUUCAAGGAAAAUUGUCUUUCUAUGCUUCACCACAGCUGAUUGAGAAACCUCAGGAUGUUCAGAAGACCAUUGAUGACACGCUGGUGUGGGAAUGCAAAGCUAAUGCGAAGCCCAAACCCUCAUACCACUGGCUGAAGAAUGGAGACCCUCUGGAUCUCAUGGAGGACAGAGUUCAGGUGAAUAAUGGAGUGCUGACAAUAAGCAGCCUAAAUCUGGCAGACAUUGGAAUGUACCAGUGCGUGGCUGAGAACAAGCAUGGACGAAUCUUCACCAACGCCGAGCUCCGCGUCAUUGCCAUUGCCCCAGACUUCUCCCAGAAUCUGUUGAAGGCCCAAACUUUGGCCCGACAGAGUGGCGACGUUCUGAUCGAGUGUAAACCCAGAAUGUCUCCUCGGGGCGUGAUUUCUUGGAGGAAAGGGAAGGAAGCGCUUCGAGAGAGCCACAGAGUUAUGGUGUUGGAUAGUGGAAGUCUUCGGAUAUCUAAUGUAACCAAAAUGGAUGCAGGAAUCUAUACGUGUGUAGCCAGAAACCAGUUUGGAGUGGCAAGCAGCUCUGGGAGCCUUUUGGUUAAAGAGGCAACUGUGAUCACGAGUCCAGCAGGCCACCUGGAUGUGACUGUGGGUGAGAGCAUUGUGCUGCCCUGUCAGGUUUCACAUGAUCCAACGCUUGACCUGAAGUUUACCUGGUUCUUCAACGAGCAGCUCAUCCACUUCGGAAGCCACGGUUCCUUUUUUGAAAAAGUUGGUGGGCAGCGGUCAGCAGGGGACAUUAUGAUACGAAACAUUCAGCUGAGGCAUGCUGGGAAAUACACCUGCGCUGUUCAGACCAAAGUGGACAGUAUAUCCAUCGCCACAGAUGUAGUUGUCAGAGGUCCUCCAGGCCCGCCUUUGGACUGUCAGGUGACUGAGAUUACUGAGACCACGGCCUCUUUGUCCUGGAGACCUGGGAUGGACAACCACAGCCCCAUCCUCAGCUACACCAUCCAGGCCAGAACACCUUUCUCUCUCGGGUGGCAGGCUGUUACCACUGUUCCUGAGUUUCUGAGGGGGAAACAUCUCUCAGCUACUGUUGUUGACCUGGGUCCCUGGGUGGAGUACGAGUUCAGAGUUUUGGCAACCAACAUUAUAGGAACAGGAGAGCCCAGCAAACCCUCUAAGAAGGCUCGCACCAAAGAAAUGCUUCCCAGGGUGACUCCAGCGAGAGUAAAUGGUGGUGGAGGAGGACGUUCAGAGCUUGUCAUCACAUGGGAACCUGUCCCCGAGGAGCUGCAGAGUGGUCCAGGCUUUGGAUAUGUGGUUGCUUUCCGCCCACUGGGGGCACAAGGCUGGAUGCAAGCUGCUGUCACGUCCCCAGAAGCUUCUAGAUACGUAUUCAAGAAUGAAAGCAUCCCACCCUUCUCCCCUUACCAAGUCAAAGUCGGGGUCUACAACAACAAGGGUGAAGGACCUUUCAGUCCGGUGACUACCAUCUACUCAGCAGAAGAAGAGCCCAGCAGACCUCCAGGGAGGCUGAGGGCGAGGAGCAUAUCAGCAUCCGAGGUGGAGGUCGCCUGGAAGCCGCUGGUUUGGAGCAACAGCCGCAGACGCAUCCUGGGCUAUGAGCUGAGGUACUGGGGCGAGAAGGAAAAGCAGGAUGCAGCCGGUGCGAUCAGAACGGUGGGGAAUAAAACAUCAGUACUCAUCAGGGAUUUGGAGGGCAGCAGUACCUAUUACAUAUCCCUAAGGGCCUAUAACAGCGCUGGAGUGGGUCCACAGAGCAGCAUAGUCAAUGUCACAACCAAGAAACCACCACCCAGUAAAGCUCCAGUCAAGAUAAUGUGGGACACUUCGAACUCCAAGGUCAUUCUGAGGUGGGACCAGGUGCAUGCCCUGGAGAACGAGUCAGAAGUCACAGGAUACAAGGUGAUGUACAGCCAGGACAAACACAGCCAUCCCAAUGUGGUGGAGACCAACGACACCUCCUUGGAGUUGUCGCUGCCAAUCAACCAAGACUACGUGAUUCAGAUCAAACCCUUCAGUGAGGGAGGGGAGGGCAUCAGCAGCCGCCAGAUUACCAUCCCCAAGAUGGAAGGCUCAAUAGCCAUGGGAGCCGCCCCGGAGCCAAUGCCAUUUCCACUGGUCAACUUUGCAGCUCUAAUUCUCACAACCAGAAUGGUACUAUGACAAACAUCCAGACACAACAGCUUCUUAUUCUGUGAAGAAGGAAAGAAGAAAAGAGAGGAAAAAAAAACAGCAGGUCAAAGACAACACAAGGCCGACAGCCGCAUUUCCUCCUUCUCCCUUUUCUAUCCUGCUGAGUCUUUCCUCUUCUCGCUACAAAGAUCCUUUUGUGAGGAAGAUUCUUUUCUGUCGCAUUUCUAAAGUGUUUGCUGAAAAGAACUAGCUCUUUCAGAAUUUCUUUUUAUGAAAUUGAAAGAACGCCUUGACUUGAGUGACUCCGGUCUCUCUUUCUUUUCCCUUUCCUCCUUUCUAACUAGUGGUAAUUCUCAUGGUUUUCACCUUGGAGGAUGCAUUAGGACAUGUAUAUGUGUCUUUCGAUGAAACCAUGUGGAUUCUUUUGAAAGGAUAUGUAAAGUAUGUACUGCUCAACUUAUUUUUAUUUUUUUUAUGACUGGAAUUAAAAGCAACUGAGUGGAGCGCACCUAAAGCAACAACUUGUUUAUGUAAGUGAAGUUAAAUUUAAACCUGGAGUUUCUUUGGGGAAACACCCUGCAUUGAUUUAUCCCUGUCAAAGGAAUAAAGGGCAAACCAGAACAGCUUUAUGAUGAACCAGAAUUUGAGACCUUUUCCCUGGAUUUUAAUCCUAGUUUUCACGUCACGUGUUGCCAUAAAACUGAGUGGAACCAAAGUGAAGAGGCUGAGGAGGUUCGGUUAAAUCUGCUGCCUGUGUGGCUUCCGUAGAAAACAUCUGACUUGUGUUGAUAGUGUCUCACCAUGCUCCCUCAUCCGAUGUUUGUAACCAAGAAACAUAUGUAUGAAAUCCUCAGGUCCCAAACGAGCCUUAAGUCUUAGAAGAAUAUUUCAUGUUAUUUUUGUCCAUCAUGGGUUAUAUUUAUUUUCAUCAGCUUUUUUAUUUAUUUUUUUAUCCCAACCGUACUUUAGCUCUCAUGCUUUGAGAUUUUUCACCGUAGUUGAUUUCUAAGCCAUGUGUUUUAGAAGUUUUGGGCUCCAAAACAAAAGGUCUUUCUCCUUUUUCCAUCCUGAUGAACAGUAAAACACAGUGAUUGGCAAGAAGACGUAAAACUGACUUUACUCCAACACAUGACUACAAAGUAGGGUUGGUGUUUCUCUGUCAGCCACUGUUUGGCAUGAAACUGGAGUGCCUGUGUGCACUUGGCUGAGGGUAUUUGAAUGGAAGAACCUGCUUUUAAUAAAGAUAAUGACAUUUUUUA